GUACAAUAUAUUUGUAUCCCGAAGCUUCAACAACAACUUCCGGGUAAGACGUGGUGACCUUGGUCGGUUGAUCAUCAUGGCGGCUAUCGUUCGGUUGAGUUCUGUUUGUCGCAGGGGAUUUCAGCCUCUGUUCUAUCAAAGCACCUUCCUGGCGAGGCCAUUCGUUGCACCAAACAAACACCAUGAGCAAACAUACUUGUUCACUGCAAGGAUUCAUGCAUCCCAGCAUCUAAAUGCGAGCUCUGGCUCCAAAGCUGCCUCUCUGCACUGGACAGCUGAGCGAGUUUUGAGCAUCCUACUGCUGGCUAUGGGGCCUGCUGCUUAUUUUCACCCCGGUUCUGCUAUAGAUUACUCUCUGGCUGCUGCACUUACCCUACAUGGACACUGGGGUUUAGGGCAGGUGUUGACCGAUUAUGUUCACGGGGACGCCAAGAUCAAGAUCGCCAAUGCUGGUCUAUUCCUCCUGUCCACGGUCACAUUCGCAGGGCUUUGCUACUUCAACUAUAACGACGUGGGCAUCUGCAAAGCCAUCGCUUUGCUUUGGAGCAAAUGAACAUGAAUAUUGGCUUACCAGCUCAGAAAAAUCACGUGAACACAUUUAAUGUAAAUUCUUAUAAAUAUACAGCUUUAAUGAUAUUUCCGGUGAUGUGUGUCAUUGAAUUUCAGUUUUGUCAAUGGAAUAAUUAUUGGACAAUUCUCUUACGUGCAUGGAGGGAAUAAGCUUGUUAAUGCUCUGUGCUGGAGCUUGUAAUUCCUUUGUCCAGUCAUGAAUUUGUAGUCUGUUCCAUGUCAUAUCAUUUCUUAGUUAUUGUAUUGUUUCAUUGUAGUUUAUUCUUCCAUAUAUGGCACAUUGUACACAGCACAAUGCAGUACUUUUUUUGGGACCCCCCACAAACAUACAAAUACCAGGAUUCGAUUUGUUGGAUGAUUGUCAAAUAUGAUUUGUUUAUUCUGUGUACAUACCAUUGAUCUUAAACCCAUCUGAAAUAAGAUGUACUACAUUGUAUUUUAAUGUUACUUUUGAGACACUUCAUAUUGGUCAGGGGUUUAUUGGCAUCUUUCAACAAAAUAUGAAGGCCUGUACUUAUGUCUUUUACUGUAAGUCACUCAGCUUUUAUUGUAAAGCCUGCUUCAAAAAUAUAUAAUUAUUUUACA